UGAGAUAGUGCGCGCCCCCGUCGUCUUUCUCCGAUGUCUCUGUGUGUGUCUCUCUCCUAUUGGACAGAGGCCCCUUUGCCUCGGCCUUCUUGGCGCAUAUUUUUGUUUCCUCCGUUUCUUGGGACAACCUGAAGUGAAGCUCUCUUGGGGAGGUGAGGCGGCGCGGCAAUGGCUCACCGGCUGCUGCACGGCACCCUCCACGCCACCAUCUUGGAGGCCGACAAGCUCACCCACCCCGACCGUGCCACCGGCGGCGCCCCCGAGAUCCUCCGCAAGUUGGUGGAAGGGCUCGAGGAGAGCAUCGGGCGGGGCAAGGGGUCGACGCGGCUCUACGCGACCAUCGACCUCGGCAGGGCGCGCGUGGGCCGCACGCGGGUCCUCGCCGGCGACCCGGUGAACCCGCGCUGGUACGAGGACUUCCACAUCUACUGCGCGCACUUCGCCGCCCACGUCGUCUUCACCGUCAAGGCCGCGCAGCCCAUCGGCGCCACGCUCCUCGGCCGCGCCUAUCUCCCUGUCCGGGAGCUGCUCGACGCCGAGGACGGCCAUGAGAUCGAGCGCCGGCUCGACAUCCUCGACGCGACCAAGCAGAAGCUCCCCCACGGGCCCACGAUUCAGGUGCGGCUCAGGUUCUGCGACGUCGCCGCCAACCGCGGCGAGUGGGGCGCCGGCGUCGGCAGCGCGCGGAACCCUGGGGUGCCCUACACGUUUUUCUCCCAGCGGCCGGGGUGCAGGGUCACGCUGUACCAGGACGCGCACACCCCGGACGCGUUCGCGCCCAGGAUCCCGCUCUCCGGCGGCCGGAGCUACCAGCAGGGACGGUGCUGGGAGGACGUGUUCGACGCCAUCAGCGACGCGCGCCACCUCGUGUACAUCACCGGCUGGUCCGUGUACACCGAGAUCACGCUGGUACGGGACGCCGCCCGGCCGCGCCCCGGCGGCGACGCCACCCUGGGCGAGCUCCUCAAGCGCAAGGCCAGCGAGGGCGUGCGCGUGCUCAUGCUGGUCUGGGACGACCGCACCUCCGUCGAGUCCCUCGGCAUGACAUGGGGGUACAUGGACACGCACGACGCCGUGACGGCGAGCUACUUCCGCGGCACCGACGUGCGGUGCGUCCUCUGCCCGCGGAACCCCGACGCCGGCAGAAGCGCCGUCAUGGGCCUGGAGACCGCCUGCCUGAUCAGCCACCACCAGAAGAUCAUCGCGGUCGACCACGACAUGCCGGUGAGGGGCAGCUCGAGCCGCCGCCGCAUAGUCAGCUUCGUCGGCGGCCUCGACCUCUGCGACGGGCGCUACGACACGCAGUUCCACUCCCUGUUCAGGACGCUGGACACGGCGCACCGAAACGACUUCCACCAAAUCAGCAUUGCCGACGCGUCCAUCGACAAGGGCGGUCCGAGGCAGCCAUGGCACGACAUCCAUGCCAGGAUCGAAGGUCCGGCCGCGUGGGACAUCCUCUACAACUUCGAGCAGCGGUGGAGGAAGCAAGGUGGCGACCGUGAUCUCCUCGUGGAUCUGAACGCCUUGGCGAGCCUCAUCAUCCCGCCUUCCGCCGUGACGUUCCCCGAAGACCAGGAGGCGUGGAACGUGCAGGUGUUCCGGUCCAUCGACGGCGGAGCGAGCUGCGGCUUUCCUACCACUCCCGAGGAAGCCGCCCGAUCGGGCCUUGUGAGUGGCAAGAACAGCACCAUUGACAGGAGCAUCCAGGACGCCUACAUCCACGCGAUACGCCGCGCGAACCACUUCAUCUACAUCGAGAACCAGUACUUCCUUGGCAGCUCAUUCGCGUGGAAAGCCGACGGCAUAGAGCCGGAGGAUAUCGAGGCACUGCAUCUGAUUCCCAGAGAGCUUUCGCUCAAGAUUGUGAGCAAGAUUGAGGCUGGUGAACAUUUCGUGGUCUAUGUUGUGGUGCCAAUGUGGCCGGAAGGUGACCCGGAAAAGAAAUCCAUGCAGGCAAUACUAGAUUGGCAGAGAAGGACCAUGGACAUGAUGUACUAUGACAUUGCCAUCGCACUUGAGGCCAAUGGGAUCGACGCGAACCCCAAGGACUACCUCACCUUCUUUUGCUUGGGGAACAGGGAAGUGAAGAGGAGCGAAGAGUAUGAACCCGCUGAUCGUCCAUUGCCUGAGUCAAGCUAUGAAAGGGCGCAGAAGGCCCGGCGGUUCAUGAUCUAUGUUCACUCCAAGAUGAUGAUAGUUGAUGACGAAUACAUCAUCAUCGGAUCUGCCAACAUCAACCAGCGGUCCAUGGACGGGGGAAGGGACUCGGAGAUCGCCAUGGGCGCAUUCCAGCCGCACCACCUAAACGCCAAAGGCCAGGUUGCCAGAGGGCAGGUCCAUGGCUUUCGGAUGUCGCUGUGGUACGAGCACCUGGGCAUGCUGCACGACGAUUUCCUCAACCCUGGGAGCCUGGAGUGCGUCCAGAGGGUGAACAAGAUGGCUGACAAGUACUGGGACCUCUAUGCCAGCGAUGAGCUCAACGACGACCUCCCUGGGCACCUUCUCACGUACCCAGUCGCCGUGAGCAAGGACGGCACCGUGACGGAGCUGCCUGGGGCCAAGUGCUUCCCUGACACGGAGGCUCCGGUGCUCGGAAUCAAAGCCAAAUUACUGCCCCCUAUUCUCACCACAUAGGGUAUUUGCUCGGCAAUGCUAGAUGCUGCUUUUAUGAUGCGCUUCCCGCAGUGUAAGCUUAUAUCCUGUUAUUGCUACCUCUAUAUGAUGGUUCUAGUCUGAAUCUAUAGUUGAACGCUUGCCUCAA